AUGCAGUCCCCCAGAAUGGUGGGGAGGAAGCGAGGGAGACCCCCACUCCAGCCCACACCCAUCAAAGUGGCUGUUCACAACCUCUUCUCAGCACCAGCUGGUGCUUUGCCGGUCGUGAAGAUCCCAAAGAAGAGAGGGAGAAAACCCGGGCACAAGCUGAAGUCUCGUGUCCUGAUGACUCCCUUAGCAAACUCUCCGCCGAGAAGCACGCCGGAGCCGGAUAUUAGCUCAAUCCCCCAGGAUGCAGCUACCAUACCCAACUCAGACACCCCACAGGCUCUCACAGUCUGCAUUUAUGUCAACAAGCAAGCGAACCUGGGGCCGUACCUUGACAGGAAAAAGGUGCAGCAGCUGCCAGAGCACUUUGGGCCGGAGCGACCGUCGGCAGCCCUGCAGCAGGCAGUGCAAGCCUGCAUUGACUGUGCACUCCAGCAAAAGGCAGUCUUCUCCCUCAUCAGGCAGGGCUAUGGAGGCGAGAUGGUGUCAGUUUCGGCUUCUUUUGAGGGAAAGCAGCAUCUGCAGAGCCUGCUGGUAGUCAACAGCAUUGGGUAUGUUCUGCGCUUCCUGAAGAAGCUGUGUCGCAGCCUCCUGUGUGACAAUCUCUUCAGCAAUCAGCCUUUCCAGCAGUACCACGGCGCGUCGGAGAGCCCCGAGGUUUAUGAAAACAGGCGGGUGGAGGCAGCAGCAACAGUUAUACCUGAGGACUACCUGGCUGACCCUGUGAACUCGAAGCAGUACAACGUGGAUCCUGCCGACACUGCCUUCGGUUGCAUGGGCUCCAUGUACACCAUGCGCCAGAGUCCUGCAGAUGCACAUCCUGCUGGAGGCUCCUCUUCCUCCUGUACCCACCGUCCUGCCCCGAUGUCUUCAGGAGGGUCCUCAUCUACUGGCCUGCUGCAUCAGACCUCCAGUCCAACGAGGAACGAGGCCUAUCUUGAAGGCAACAGAAGUGCCUCAAGUGCUUCACCAGAACGACAAGAUGCAGCUCGGCCAUCAAGCAAGAAUCCUUUGACCUGGACGGUGGAUGAUGUGGUCUGGUUUGUGAAGGAUGCAGAUCCUCAUGCUUUAGGUCCCCACGUGGAGCUCUUCAGAAAACACGAGAUUGAUGGCAAUGCUUUGUUACUGCUGAAAAGCGACAUGAUCAUGAAAUACCUGGGGUUGAAACUGGGACCUGCGCUGAAACUGUGUUACCACAUUGAUAAGCUCAAGCAAACCAAGUUCUAA